CAAGCCCGUAUUGAAUGAUGGACUGUAUGCUGGCGAAAUAACAGCUGCGGACUGCCUGAAGUGGGAGGGCGGUCGUUAGCCUGCUAAGGGCGAAAUAGGCCCUUCCCAAUUUGCCGCACAGGGAAUCAAUAUGGCUCUGCCAUGUUAGGCUUUGGUCUAUGUGGAAGCCCAAAAAGCACGUACUUUUAACCUGGUCUAUGGUGCCGCCGGUGAGGCCUACAUGCAAUGGACGGCGCUUACGUCCAGACAAAUAAAACUGGAUGAAAUGUGUUUUGGUUAGGUUUAGUAUGAGGCCGUUUUGUUCGAACCAAUUCGACAGUUGUCCAGCUACUACGUUUAGCUUCAAUUCUAGUUGAUCUAUGUUUGGGGCGGUUACAAUUGCCGCAACGUCGUCCGCGUACAUGUAGACCUCGCCUCCACUGACUGCUCUAGGUAGGUCAUUAAGCAGAAUGGAGAAUACCACAUUUGACAGGGACGAUCCCUGGGGGACGCCGAUGGCGGCCGGCAGCCCGUGUGAAUUCAAAGUGCCUCUUUGUCCAGUUACAUACUUACUACGUCCUUUUAUGCAUUAAAUCUGACCUGGUAGACUGUAGUGAUGGAACUUCGAACUCAGCAACUCAUGGUCGACCACGUCGAAGGCUUUCGAGAGGUCACAGAAAAUAAUUCCGACCUCAAGCUUGCGUUUUCGCGCCUCAAGCACACGGCGCACCACCUCACGCGCUAUCAUUGCGGUUGAUCGUCGCGGUCUGUAUAUGCAUACUGGCGUCCAAUAAAAGAUGCUCAGAAAACGUUGUUGCGUAUAUUCUGUCCUUCACGGGUGCACGCGUAUGGCCCGUCUAUAGAAAUUACUAAGUCUAUGAUAUAUAUCUCGUCAUGGAGAUAUAAAGUUGAGCAAACUGUAACAUUUUUAUCAUAGUAAAUUGAACCUUAUCGCCGAGUCAGAAACGUGUUCUUACCAGACUAGAGAAAACGGUCCACUUGAGAUAGCAAAGGUGGGUCGCUGUGUCUCACUCGCAUAUGUUGCCAAUGUUAAAAACAUACCAUUGUGGUAGUAUUUUUAUCAAUACACUACAGAAAUUAAAUUCUUUCUUAUACUAUUUUAGACCUAUAUUCAGAGUGCGGUUCUUAAAUCUUUCAAGUCAUUUGUAAAUAAUUAUAAUGUCAAUAGUAUUAACUGAUUAAACAAAGCGUGUGCAUAACAAAAAAAACAUUAAUUUUAAUAUGGUAGACAUUGUAGAAACUUUGAAUAUUAAAUGGUAUCCCCAACUUGAUGACAUAUUUCUAAAUAUGUGAAUGGUGGGGCUCAGUAUUUGCGAAAUAUUUAAAAAAAAUGGGUAAAAAUGUUGUGUCACAGGUUGUAGAAGUGAAAAUUUUGCUGAUUGUGGUAUAUCUUUUCACAGGUGAAACACAAUCAUUCGAUUUUACGAUAAAAAUACAAGACGAGAAUUGUCAAUCUCAUUAGGGUGACCAUGAUGUCGGCACGAUGUGAAUCAGUUUUACACAAUUUUUAUUACGUACUUAAGUAUGUUUAUUUAAAUAGGUACGUCUUUAUUUCGGCAUAAAUAAUUGCCUACAUAGGAAAUAUUACGUGGAACUCUGGGUAAGGGGCGCCAAUACCACAAUCCAUCACAAUCUGAGGGUCUACCGCGAAACAAGAAAAUCGAAAUUCCAUUAUCUAACCUCUCUAUCACUCUUGCGUAUUCAAGCGAUGAAGAGGCAGAUAACCGAAUUUCAACUUUCGCGUUUUCCGUUCACGAUAGGCCCCUUGUAAACAAACCGCCGUGAUGCAUUAAUGUCAUAUUUUAUUAUCUGUGAAAACUCAUCAAAAACAGUUUAAGGCACAAUAUGUAUAAGUUACUCUAUAGCCCCCUCCAGACUAUGCGCGUGAAUCGCGGCGCGACUUCGCGGAGCGAACAUACCGCGACGUUGACGUAGACUCUACACUCGCACAACUUCACGGCGAUUUCGCAGUUUGGUUCGCGGCAAGAUGGCGCCGAAGAGUUAGCUGAUCGGAUUUAGUUUGCGGCAAGGCACUGAUUCAAACUGGGAACUGUCAAAUUGAUUUUUGGUUGAUCAAGUUCGCUCCCAAUAACCAAGUAGCCGCCAUAGAAGAUUAACCGACUCGUGAGCGAAUCGCGGCGCGAAGCGAUUGCGAGGAUUUGUUAGACCUGUACUCCAAAAGCAUAAAAUUGUUGUAGUAAUUCACCGAAUCGCAUUUCACCUCGAUCUCAUAUUUAAUUUUCGCAUUGUGUCUCAAUAGUUUUUUUUUCUAGUGGCUUUAAGUUUUAGUCGCAUUUCACCUCGACCGUACAUUUAAACAUCGCGUUGUGACUCAAUCGUUUAUUACUUUAGUCGCAUUUCACCUCGAUAUUGUAUUGGCGACGUGAUUCAACGCAACGUCAACGUCACAUAGAUAAAAUUUUAAUGAGUUUGAUAGCACUUGAGGCUUAAUCCUACAAGUACAAAACGUGUUUAAAAAAACACUUAAUUUUAGUGCAAGCAUCAAAUUAACGUAUCAAGUUAAAUAGAGUCCCAAACAAACGUCGAUCGCGGCGAAAUGCCUCUUCGGUAACAUACUACACGAAAAAAUAACAUACUACAAAUUAAUUAUACUAAUGUCAAAGGCUACGGGAAAAAGUGCGUCAAGUAAAAAAAUCCAGUGAUAUCUUUUUCAUUCAAGGUGAAAUGCGAUUCGGUGAAUUACUACAACAAUUUUAUGCUUUUGGGGUACAGGUCUAACAAAUCAUUGCGAGUGUGUAGUCUUGCGCUUCGCGUUUCCUUUGACGCGGGCCAAAUACCGACAAAAAACGGGGAAUAAGGCACGAAGGCGUGAACAAUCUCCGAAAUCGACGCGAGGGUCAUCCGCACUCGCGUUCGCGGCUUCGCGCCUCGAUUCGCUCACGAGUGUGGAGAGCCCUUAUGGUUUAUGAAAGGUGCUAGUGCUGCACUCUGGCGGCGGAACAUUCCAGUAAUACUCCCUUUUGAAAUCCAAGAUUCUUAAACAUUCCAUACUUACGUUUAUACAUUAUAUUUUAUUUCUGAAACGGUUUUAAACUAUUCAUAUAUACGUACUCGAUUCGCUAUAGGUUGGGCACACAAUUCCGUCAGUAGAAAAAGGUGGCAAAUUUGAAAACUUUAGUUUCAAUCACAGAUCUACGAUUGAUGAGUCAAUGACGCUUACGCUUAAAGAUAGUUAAAGUGUGCAAAACGGAAGCAGACUAGAAAAUACAACACUUAAAUCGACCGGGAUAUAAACCGUGAUUACUUUUUAUAUUGUUUUGAUUGAGCUCCCGAUAUUUCGACGCUUCGUGUUACAUGCAUCUUGUUCACGGGUAACUGGAGAUAGUGGGUGGGUGUCAAAGUUGUGUAGACCGCGCUUGGUCUACCCUCAUUCGUGCGCGUCGCUGCGUUCGCUUUCAACGUUACCACUGGUCGCGUCCUCACUUGUUAGUCUAUCUAACACCGCACUCACAGUGUCACUACGAGUGUUUGAUUCGAAUAUCAAUGGUUUUUUUACACAAACAAAUCACAGGAUUCCAAACAUUAGACAAUUUGAACCCAUCUUCACGAUUGAAAUUUCUGUAUUUAUGAAUUUCAAUGGCUUCUCUUACCAAUCUUGGUAUAUAGUGGCCUUCUGUCGAAAUGACCUUCGGAAGUUCGGACUAUGCAACUCGAUCCAGUGAUUUGUACCCGACUCAAGGAGAUGCUUAGCAAUAGCUGACUUGCGAAUGUCAUUGUUCUUGACCGCAGCGAUGUGUGACACUCAGUCUAUAGGAAACCGACUCACACAGACCGCUAUUUCACACCAUCAUUCCAGACAUUUAAACUCGGUUGUGGCAUCACUGACCAAUUGAGCACACGCUCUGUGUGACCCGCUACAUCUAAAUCAAGAGCUGAUCCACGUUCAGAGAGUCCUGAGGAAUGAGGAUGAAUGGUUACCGAGUUACGACCGCGAAACGGAAUAGCGAUUAAUUGAAGCUUCGAUAUCGUUACUCAAAAUUAACAUAAUAGAAAUGCUAAUGUAUAAUGAAUACUUAAUUAUUUAAUAGAAUAACUCAGUUAUGGCAGAAAACAUAUUUUAGUUGGUUUUGGCCGUUGUGCCAUGGAUUUCCACCGUUGAUUAUUGUAUUAUCAAACUCACAAAAUCAUACUGGUUGAUAAUAAUAAUAUAUAAAGUUGUGUUACAAUGGUUAUCUGCUCAUUUUAGGUAGUUGAAAUGCUUUCAAGUAAAUUCAAAAUUGUAAAAAAUGCCGAUAGUUUAUCGAUAUAGCCACAACUUUUAGUUACUCAUUGUUAAUCGUACAUAAAAAUGUUGCUGUGCGUGGGUGUGGCUACGGUGACAGCUGGCAUAGACACCAUCUUUUGUGUCAAUGUGAUGCAAACAGCAAAUGUUUUAUUCUUCUUGUUACGGAACAUGUACCACUUAUGGCAUUUAUUUCACAAACAAAAGUGAUUUUUUUAUUGUUAAUCAAAUGUGCACGUUUUAAACAAUUUUCUUAUCUUAUUCCCACUCAUUUUGAAUGAUAUACGAGAAAUAUACUAGACGAGGUGCAGUGAAGUACGUAGUACGUAAAUUAAUGCAUAGAUAAGAAAUAAAAAAUAUCAGUACCGUUAUUGAACUGUAAUUUUGUACCAGAAUUUUCAUUACGGUACAAGUAAACUCGUACAUUGUCAUAUUGAUAUCCGCUUCACUACGAACGAUUGAUUGAUAUUUUUGAAGAUGGAGCAAGCAAAGUGGAGUGCCGUAUAUUAUUCAUUAAAGCAUAAAUUGUAAAGAGUUGUGUUAAAUUUACAUACGAAAUGGUGGUUCAAAAGAAUUGGAAUAAUACUGAAACAACCGCGUCUGCUUCUGAAAGCCAGACUCAAAAUACAGCCACUGUUUCAUGGAGUUUCCAAGCUCCUACUAAAACGUUGACUGUUCGUCCAAACACUACAUGCACCAUGCAAACGAAACAGCCAAUCACAAGGCAAAUAGCCAUUAACACACUAGCAGCAAUGCAUAGACGGUUCAGCCUGCCUGGCCCAGUGCAGCCACAUUCCAGGCCUAUUGCCGAGUUCCGCGCCAGCGCCAACAAGUCUUUGGACAUGCUGCGACAGACCAUACAGUCAGCGGUGACUAGGGAAAUUGAUCAAGUGAUAAAAAAGUAUUUGGAAAAAUUCUUUGUACCUGCAGUAAAUAAUAUUAGGCUGAACUUGGGAGAUGAGUCCGUUAGUGAAGAUCAGGUGCGAGCCAUUUGUCGAGCCAUGCUGGAUGCCACGCGCCUGCUGUACACCACGCCCGCGAAACCGGCGCCGUCCCCGUCCGAAAACAGUGAUGACUCCAACAGUGCAGACAGCAAAAUUAAACAAACCACUUUGCAGAGUCCCUCGCAUACCAAACGUAAGGAGCCAGAGUCAGAAUUCGACGCAUGUUUCAAACGACGGAAGAUAAAACAAGAAGAGACUUCAGACAGCGGGUCUUCAUCGCCCCUACCGCUGUCGACCUACAGGGACCCUGAGAAAUGGAACCCCAACAGGCUGACGCAAGAAACGCUGUUUAUUAUGGGGUCUCACGCUCACAAGGUUUUAGGGUUGGGUAACUGCCGUGGUAGGCUUUACACCCGCCACGCGGGCUUGCUGCGCUACCCGGCGGACAGCUCCGACAAGGAGUGGAUCGCCAGCCACAAUCUGGUCAACGCCGUCGGCGGCAAAACCUAUAUUAUGGUACUCGAAGACAUAGAAGAACUAGCGAACAGCGAUGCCUACCGCCACAACUCUUUACCAAUGCUCGGCGAACUAACUGGCUUCAAAGUGCCACCAUUCAUGCUCAGAAAAAUAAAAGCAUACGUAAUGAAACGGGCCCUCAGUGGAGACAUUAGUAAUCCAGACAGUCCUCAACCCUCCACCAGCAAUGAUGAUCCCAAGUUUAAAUCAGAAGUGAAACUAGAACCAGAUCAAGACACAUACGACUCUUUCGAUGCAUCACGCUACACCGAUAACACUAGAGACUUCGCCGACGUACCAACUAACAAAGAUGACACCGAUUUGACUGAUAUCAAAGUAGAAGACAUUGAAGAUAUCAAAGUUGACGGAAUCAAAGUUGAAGAUCUAGACGAAAUGAAAGUAGACGGGAUUAAGGUGGAAGAUUUGGAUGUGGAUAUCAAAGUCGAAAACAUUGAUGAUAUCGACGGAAUAAAUGUAGAGGAUAUGAAACUGGAGAAAGAAGAUUUUGCUCUGUGCAAACAAGAUGAUGAUCAGAAUCAUUUGGUUGAUGGUCUCCUGGAGUCUGAUAUUGAGUUUCUCAGCAGAAAUCUGGGUAAUAUUGAGAGUGACGCGGACGCCAGGAAAACUAUUGAGAAGUUGACGGGAGCCAAUCCGGAUACUAUCACUCUUGUGGGAGACGAGUUUGACUUGGGGCCCACCUUGAAUACCAGCAACUAUUCUAGCAACCAAACGAAAUGCAUCACCGUGGCGUCGACAACCAGCGGCAUGAUCCACAGCGUGCCCGUGGCGCACAUCCAGGCGCCGCGCAUCACGGGCUCCACCGUGCACUACUACACCAGCGUGCCGCAGCGGACCGUGCACCAUCUGCCCGCCGUCACCAUCCAGGGCCUGCCGCAGUCGCAGGUGCUUCGCGGGUCAGUAUACCAUCGUCAGUAUACCAUCACGGGCUCCACCGUGCACUACUACACCAGCGUGCCGCAGCGCACCGUGCACCAUCUGCCCGCCGUCACCAUCCAGGGCCUGCCGCAGUCGCAGGUGCUUCGCGGGUCAGUAUACCAUCGUCAGUAUACCAUCACGGGCUCCACCGUGCACUACUACACCAGCGUGCCGCAGCGCACCGUGCACCAUCUGCCCGCCGUCACCAUCCAGGGCCUGCCGCAGUCGCAGGUGCUUCGCGGGUCAGUAUACCAUCGUCAGUAUACCAUCACGGGCUCCACCGUGCACUACUACACCAGCGUGCCGCAGCGCACCGUGCACCAUCUGCCCGCCGUCACCAUCCAGGGCCUGCCGCAGUCGCAGGUGCUUCGCGGGUCAGUAUACCAUCGUCAGUAUACCAUCACGGGCUCCACCGUGCACUACUACACCAGCGUGCCGCAGCGCACCGUGCACCAUCUGCCCGCCGUCACCAUCCAGGGCCUGCCGCAGUCGCAGGUGCUUCGCGGGUCAGUAUACCAUCGUCAGUAUACCAUCACGGGCUCCACCGUGCACUACUACACCAGCGUGCCGCAGCGCACCGUGCACCAUCUGCCCGCCGUCACCAUCCAGGGCCUGCCGCAGUCGCAGGUGCUUCGCGGGUCAGUAUACCAUCGUCAGUAUACCAUCACGGGCUCCACCGUGCACUACUACACCAGCGUGCCGCAGCGCACCGUGCACCAUCUGCCCGCCGUCACCAUCCAGGGCCUGCCGCAGUCGCAGGUGCUUCGCGGGUCAGUAUACCAUCGUCAGUAUACCAUCACGGGCUCCACCGUGCACUACUACACCAGCGUGCCGCAGCGCACCGUGCACCAUCUGCCCGCCGUCACCAUCCAGGGCCUGCCGCAGUCGCAGGUGCUUCGCGGGUCAGUAUACCAUCGUCAGUAUACCAUCACGGGCUCCACCGUGCACUACUACACCAGCGUGCCGCAGCGCACCGUGCACCAUCUGCCCGCCGUCACCAUCCAGGGCCUGCCGCAGUCGCAGGUGCUCCGCGGAAUCCCGAUCAACACAAAAACCGGCACAUUCAGCACCGUAAUGUCCCAAGGCACCGCCAGCGCUAUCAUCGGCUUCGGAACUCGAACUACUAACGCUACUCCAGUCCAGUAUGUCAACGUCUCCUCCAAAUCAUUCCCCACUGGUAACAUCUUACAUAACGCCAUCGUUUCUCGUAACAUUCUCAACCGCACAGCGGUCACCUCCGCUAUGUCAUUCACCGUUAACACAGUCAAACAGGCAGUGCAAACUACUCCUAAAAUAAGCACCGUAGUAACAGCGAGCUCUGGAGACUUUGAUAAUAUUUCCACUACUAAAGACAUGAUCGACAACGCGUGUAACUCUUCGGUCAUGCUCAAGAAAGUUCUCACUCUGGGAAGUGCCGGCGCCGCUAAAUCUUUCAUGAUGCAUAACACACAAAAGGUGCUGUCUACGGGUUUCGCUAACGGGUCUACCCCGCCGCCUAACGUGACCAUCGUAAGCUCGGGCAGCACGAUUUUAAGCAACGCCAUCAUUAAUCCUACUUCGAACAUAACGAGUCCCACGUCAGGCACUUUGAGCGCCACUCACGCGACCCUGUCCGCUUUGCUGGCGUCGAAUGCCGAGAACGCCCAAGGAAACAAGAAUUAAAAUUAGCUUAGAUUUCAACAUUCCCAAGUAAUUAAUCAUUCUCGAAUUCAUGAUCUCAAAAUGUAGUUAUUAAGGUAACUAUUUAUUAAUACAUUUCCUAUUUCACUAAGUAUUGCUUAACAUUCUCGUGGCGUAAAAACGAGACAUAAUGGUUUCAAAAUUACAAAGCUAUUUCAAAAUAUUAUGAACCGUAAUGUAGAGUAAUUUUAAAUGUAUCAUGGUCUAAAUUAUAUUGAUUGAAUAAUUCGGUAAACCACUUCACUUAGUACGAGUGAACACUUGUAAUUCGAGACAUGUUUAAUUGGCUUUAUAUUCAUUUAACUACCUCUUAAGUUACCUGACCGCUUAGUUGUGUAAUACUGAAGUCUAUUAUUAUUAUUAAGCUAAAUCGGAAAAUGGUGAGCUAUAAUUAAGUGCUAAGUCAAAGGAUAAAUCCUGGGACCCAUUUCUCGAACGGUAUUAGACUAAUAUAAGCCCACGCUAGAACUGUCAAGUAAAAAAACUAAUAAUAUUAUACAAAUACCGUUCGAAAAAUGAGCCCCUGAUGGUUUGAAAGAAUUUUGAUGGAAAUAUUAAUAAGCAGGGGUCGUACAAAAAGUGCGGAUGACGUCAAACCACUUAUAGGAUGUUUUCAAAUAGUAUUUUUGAUUUUCAUAAACAAUUAUCACUUAUCAUUUAUCAACCUCUUUAUUAAACGAUAUCGCCACUUGAAAUGAGUAAGUACGUUUUUGACUGACACAUUGUCAAUCAGAUGAACAAUAAAUUGACUUCGUUAUUGUUUAGCUAUUGUAUCUUCAGGAUUAUAUUUAGUUAAAAUUUAUAUUUACUAAUGUAUAAGAAAACGCUCUAAAAUGUCAUCUUUACUCGAAUAUUGUGGCAAUCCCACAGACUUGUUCUAACUAAUUUCAAAUAAUUAUACCGUAUGGUAACAAGUUUCGUGAAAUUUAUUUUAUUCACUACAUCACCCUACCACCUGUAUUAUUAAUUCCAUGGAUUUAUUUACGAUUAUUUUGUUACUUCAUUAAUACUACUUUGUUACUACAUGUCACACGGAAGUUUAAAUACAAACUCAAACAUACAGGGUGUGCAAGAUUACGUCAUUUUUACGUCAUCCGCACUUUUUGUCCGACCCCUGUUAAUAAGAUUGGUGAUGAAAAUUAUUAUUACGGUACUCUUUGACUUUAGGACUGGAUUAUAACUUUCUAUCGUCUGGCUAAAUGAAGGUUGUGUUUAUUAUGAUAUGUGCCAAGUUAGAGUACAAAUAACUGUAAAUCAGUAUUAUUUAUAUGUGAUACUUUUUCAUUGUAUUUUAGGACAACAAUGUUUUAAAUAGGUUGUAAGCUGGCGUUUAUUUACAUGUGAAUAGAAUGUGUAGAACUUUUGGGUUAGUGUUAGUAAAUGUUUCGUAUCAUUUCAAUACUUUGUUCAUAAAUGUUGACUACUUAGUCGACGCCAAAAGAAAAUGCACACUAAAUUUUAUCACUGAUUUUAGCGGAACUAGUUAAAUGUUAGAACGUUGAAAUGGUUUUGUAUAUUCCUUUUAAUUGUCUGACUGAAUCUCAUUUCCUUAUAAAAAUAAGUGUCGUUAACCAAAAAAUAUCUUCUACUAUUUGCUUUAAUCAUAUUACAAAUGAAGAAGACUGCUUCGUUUUGCUUUUAUGCGGCUUUUUAUUAGAUUGUUAAUUGUUUUAUAUUGUAUUAUUAUAUUUAAGUUGUAUGGCUGUAGUGUUUAUUUUUUAUAAUACCAAAAGACUAGGCUUUCUCAGCCAUGCUUUUAUUUGUGGCAAUGCUUAAUAAUAAUGUAAGCUUUAUUUUUUGUAUUCUUUUCGUUGCAAUAUUCAUUGUUUUUACGAAUGGUCGUUACUAGCUAUUGUAUUUGUAUUGUAAAAUGCUUAAUAUUUGUGAGCUUUAAUUUUUAAUUUUAUUGUAUUUUAUGCUUUUAGUUGCAAUAUCAUUGUUGUUACGAACGAUCGUUACUGAUAUUUUGGAGCGUAGCGACCAUUAGCUUGAUGCUUGCGUGCAAUUUAAGACAAUAUUUUACAAUUGUUGUAUUUAUUUUAGACAUGCUUUGCGUCUUAAACUAAGUUGUCACUGAUUAAUAUAAAUAAGUUGGCUGUGUUUAUAAUAUUAAGCUUUAAUCUUAUUGUUGUAUUUUAUUUAAGGGAUAAGUUGAUGUCGCGAUGACGCAUGUAGUUUUUCAUUAUAAUUAAAGCUAAGACGACUUUCACGAGAUAGGAGGCAUUACAUGGGAAACAAUACAUACAGAAAUAUUUUUGUAAACAAGAUUUUCGUCCAUUCGCGCAUGUAUAGCAAUCUGCAUUUUGUAAAACAGAACAGUAGUUUCAAUGAGAAUAUUUUUCUAUCGGCCUGUUUUUUCGAAACUUGAUGAUUUUUUACAUUUAAUUAGCGAAGAGUAGUAACAUACCUUAUCAUUGUGUUUCUUAAAAAAAGGGUAAUUUAUAUUACGAAUUAAAAACACAAAUGUAUUGUUGACAUAUUUCCUGUGGCUGAGAAUUUUUCCAUUUGUCCUUUAGAUUUGUAAUAUUUAAAUGUUGGUGGUCAGGACCGUUUUAGCCUAGUUAGUACCGACCCUGCCUGCAAAGCUGAUUGCCAUCACUAGGUUCCAAUCCCUGCGGCGGUAGAAAAUUUGCAAUAUGUCCCAUUCAUAUUUUCGGAGUGCCUAUUUGGAAGUCAAAUUCCACAUUUUAAUCCUCCCUAAGUGUUGAGGGUCUUCGGGAUUGCAGAACGGCAGUGCUGAGCUCGGUCGCUAGAAUUCAACGUCUUGAGUAUUCUAAAGGCUUUGUGGAAAGGCAUUUCGACAAAAUAUAUUAAAACCCCUGUGUCACGUGUUUUAAGUCGAAAAUAGCUCGACAUGUUUCGCUUCAUAACCAGGAGCUCCAUCAGGAGCACGCGUUGAUGGACCGAUGCAAUUUUCAAUUAUGAUGUUUGCAGAAUUUUCGACUUUUAAAACGUUACUGACUUGUUUUACAAUAUUUAAUAUGUCCGAGACUCGCUGAAGUUUUGUUAUUAAAAUUGUAUUUCGGCAUUAUUUACAAGUGUGAUGUGUGUACGGUACGAAACGUGUUUGCUUCGCCUACACUUUUACGGGACCUUAAUCUUCUGCGGGUCAGUUUCUCGAUGUAGUUAAAAGGUUUCCGUAACGUGUCAGAAGUACCACAGUACAUUUUUUGAUCAUUCAGUUGCUCAAUAGUAUUAUUUAAUCACAAAACAUAUUUUAUUCAUGAUUAUAAACAAUGCUAUCGACAAUUGAGACGAUUACUGUAGUGCGACUAAUUUCAUCUAGUGAUGCGGGGUUAUCACCUGACGACCUCAAACCAUAUAGAUCGAAGGAAACGUGAGGCCGCUGGUAUAUCUAAUACUAGAUUACGAAGUCGACGUUUUAUAAAAUAAGUUCCUUUUAUCAUUAUUUUAACGUUAAUUGGCGAAACGGAAGCUACAUGCGUAUUGUUCAGAGACCUGCAAGUCACGUUCGUUUAAGUCCAAUUUACUUGAAUGAAUUAUGCCUACACGUCAGCGCGGAAAAGUUGUGAGGUUAUCGGUCUAUCAAAUAUUAUGAAACUUGUGUACGAAAGAUAAUUUGGUAAUUACUGUCGUAAAUUAAUUAGUGGUGGCGCCAAUUUUUGCAAUAAGUAUAAACGAAUCAUGCGCUACUUUAUGAUGCAAUUAAAGACCGCGAGGAUGAGAAGGUUUAAAAAUAAAUAAAAGGCUUAUUUUCAAGAUAGAUAGAUAUACUACAAAAUUAAUGCCAUGCUUUUAAAAAACAUCCAAGAGUUUAUAUGCAGAUUGGAUUUACUUUGAGCUUCAUAGACAAGACAAAAAGAAAAGGCGAAUCUAAUUAGUAGGUAAGCAGGUGGGCUAAAUGUUAUUGAUUUUUAUCAAAUAUACAUAAGUUGCAGGCGCGAGGGGAUUUGCGCCCGGAGUAGAAUAUUAGCUUGAAUUUUAAUGACUCUUUUGUUCCGCGAAUCCGACCUAUUCCGUAUUUAGAAUUAGCUACUGGGGCAUCGAUCAGAGCGUCCACUAUUCGUUUCUCUGUGACCUGGGUUAAAGUUAGUCUCCUCGGAUGCGGCACGGUAGUAGUUACAGAUCUGGCCAGGUAUUUCCUUAGCUAGGCGAACUAUCGGCUAUGGCAUACUUCCCAUUAGUUAAUACGGAUUUUUAGCUAAUGCUUAUACUGGUUUAGCUCGAGCGAAUGACCGGAGCCCGACUAAAAUAACAACCCUGCUCCCCCGAAGAGGGGGAGGCGAUCCUAUUUUCAGAAUAACUACGAUCAAUUUUUCCGAAAAUACCGCGCCUGCAUUGCUGCAUCUGCGAUAUCAUUCGGAGUUGUCUUUUCGUUUGAGAUAAUACUCGGCACAAAUCCUUUUAAAGGGGCCUGUCAGUUGUUCGGAACUGUCAACUUUUUGUUCUUACUGACAGGCUGAUACCGUCCGGCGGACUGUUAAUCAGUGGGCCCCUUAAGUCGUCGUAUGACAGAAUACCGACCGUCGCUGCGCUUGUGAAUUCUGACAUGUCUCCGAUUUUUAUAAACCGAAUCCUUGAACACUACACAUACUUAAGGUUAUCUUUUCUCAAAAAUUUAAAGAUCACAAUACGCCAGCGCUAGAACUAAAUAGCGCAGUAGAACUAAGUGGUAAAAAGAAUUCCAGAAAAGAAAUAGUAGGAUUAAAAAAAAAUCAAAAUAUAGGCAAAUUACUCGUCUUACGUUUACUCGUCUUGAUAUUGAGCAAUUUCUGAUUAUUUAUUAAGAAAUACGUGCAUAACAAACUACAAAGCAAAAAUAGAAGUAAGAUGGCACGGUGGAGAUAUGCCUGUCACACAACCACAGUCGUGUAUAAACAUGAAACUGUCAACGUCAUUUUAAAUUCGGAAUGAGGUUAAAAACUCAGUUUUUGUUUUUAAAGCGAAACUUAUAAACCUAGAAUAUAUUAUGCUGAAGCGAUCGACAUCAAAAUCGAAGUGAUUUGUUAAGAUGAUUUGUUAAGAUUUAGUUAGUGCUAAACGUUUUCUCCUGAAAUGGAAUUUCAUAGGAAAAUGAGAGUUAUUUCCUUAGAUUUAAAAAGCAAUUCUUCCCAUUUAAUAUAUACGGGACGUGAUACUUAAAUACGGAAACAGUCCCGUAUGUACGGGACGAAUGACAACCCUACCUAUAUAAAUGAGUGAUGAUUAGUCUGGCUACUGAAAUAUUACACACAUUUUUGGCGGGGAAUUCAAAAAAUCUUGGUCUGGUCACACUUUGUGUAGUAGGAAUUAUAGUUUUGAUACUAGAAAAUAUUUUUGAUUUUCUGAGCACACGUAAGGUGCCUAAGGAAAUGAGUUAAAUAUACGUUGACGUGCACUAUGUAAAGUACAAAGACAUAUGUAUAGACAUGUUUCGCCAAGAUAUUCAUUUAUAUCAAAUUACUACUGACCAGUCACUCCACAGAUUUCUUCUAAAUAUUGGUUUUCACUGUUUUCAGUAACUCGUUACGUUCCAAUGUUUUGAUUUUAUUGAUAUUUUCCAGAACUUCUAGUUUAUCCGUUUCUUUACACACUUGUCCUAUUCAUGAGAUUCAGGUAUUAAGAAAUUCACGUACUUAAUCAAAGUUGUAGGCAAAUGUUAGAACUAGUACUUAAAGUAUCAAAAUAUUAAUAGAGCACCAACCUACUAAAUUGUUUACGACUUGUAAAUAUUGCAGUUUUUCGUUAUACAACGCUUCACGUCGACUUCGCACAUUGUAAUUAUAUUAACGAGGUUAAAUAAUAGUUUGCGGACCUCACUCGGUAAAGUCAUUAUUAAUAUUAUUUAAAAUAAACUGAAAUAAACCCGUUAUAAACCGCGAACAAUUUUAAUGAAUGACAUAAAUUGACAACAGACUUUUAAUUUUUUUUUAAAUCAUAGACAAUUGGUGAUACAACAAGGAAAUAUCUGUCAACAAUAUUUGGUUAGUCAGACUAUAGCUCAGUGUUCUUCACUCCAAAAACUAAAAUAGAUUUUUUAUCUAUUGCACCGCCUUUAGAUUCUAGAUCUACUUUUACGUGAUUUCAUUGAUACCUCCAUACCAUUUUUACAAGCUUUUAUUUAACUUGCCCUGUUAAUACCUGUUUGUUGGUUGGUUAGGGUUGGUCAAAUCUUGAAAGCUAAACUUGACCCAUUUUCCGAUAUGAUUGAUUCCAUUUUUCUGAUUGAGCUGAAAAAUUGCAUACAUAUAUUAUGGUACCAUCGAGCUAAUCUAAUGAUGGAGACAGGAGUUGGCCAUAGGUACUUAGCGAUGAAACAACGCAAUCUAAUUGUGUUAGGGGUUUUAAAAUUGUCUCAAUGUUUAUUGGUUGCCUGUGGUAAGAAAAGUACAGUCAGCGAUAAAGGCUUUUGCCAAAAACUUAUUACGUAUGGUUUAAUUCGUUUCAUUCGCCUCCAAACUUCGAUAAUGAAAAUCGUGUUAAACCUCGCAAGUGAUGGCAGUCAUCGAAUAAACUUACUUAGUCGCAUGGAUCCGGCUGAAGAAUAAACUUUUAUAUAUUAUGGUUUUUUUUUUUACAAAUGAACAAAUAUUCACUAUAUUUAUGUAUUCCAAUUGUCUGUUCCUAUGUAGCCACAAACAGUACAGAAAAUGUGUUAAUGCUUUGCUACUUUAAUCAGGAUGGUUGUUAAAUAACUUGACGUAAUUUUCUGUGAUAUAGGUAUUCAUACAAUUGUUUAUCUGUUCAAGUGUUUGAUAAACGCACGUGUGCUAACUGGGGGCACGUUCUAGGGAUUUGAUGUCGAUAAAUAUAUUUAUACAUACACGUGCUCACUGAAAAUUCCUGGAAUAAAGAGGUUCGUAUUAUGUUUGAUAUCGAGCCUCUUAUUCGAAUCGAGUGGCGAUAAAUUAAAACACGACCGAAGGGAGUGUUUUAAAUCGACACGUGUUGCGAAUUAUCUAUUCGCACAUGUAUCGUACAACGUUUUACAGUACAUAUGGCCCUUUAAAUGUUCGACACAGUAACAUAAUAUGCAAAUUUUCGCACUAGUGCGGUAAAGUAGCACCAUAUGUACUGUAAAGAUAAUAAAAGUAUACCGAUGUAUUUGAUUUCAAUAAAAAUAAUUAUAGUAUGAAAUCCAUUUUAAAAUAAAAACAAUAAUACACGAUUUAAUUUAUAUAUUGUUUUUAUUUUAAAAUGAAGAGUUGAUAUUUAUUUAUGUUGAAUAACAUAUAAAUGUUCACGGUAAUAUCAAUAUAAUUUUAUGUCGAUAAUUUUUUUUGACAGUCAGAGCAAGAUAAGUUCCCCCGACAGUUCAAGUGUUAUUUUAAUCGUCAAAAACUUCUAUAAAAAUCAGGACGUUUGCACUUGCACGGGCUGGGCUAUCAAUAUCGCUGCCAAUUUAUCUUGGUCUGACUGUACAUAUUAGUGUCCUGAGUUAGCACACUUAAGUUGAUAACGUUGCACUAAUAGUACGAUAGGUAAGUUUGUUUCUAAAUGCAUUUGUGUCUAAAUGUAGAACUUCGACCAUAUUUUUCAAUCGUUUUAUUUAUAACAAGGCAUUUCAAUAAAUUAUUACAUGAUUCAUUUUAUUACUAAAUAAAUAGUUGUAGGUUAUUAUGGCUGUGUAAAUGAUUAGAAUCAUAUAUUGAUGUUGUUAAUGAUUCCUAUCUUAUCUAAUACUACUAGACGAUAUUAUUACUACUUAAGGCAUUCUCUAAUUGCAAUGUGUUGUAUUAGUGGAAUAUGUGUGUAAUGUUGAAUGUGUCUAAACGUUAGACUUCUAGUAAAUUUAUUUUAACCAC